AUGCCUGAAUUAACUGAAAUUGAUGCGACAAAAAAAAUUAGUUUCGAGGAACCUAAAAAAGAUGCUGCUGCCGACAGUGAUAGCGAUUCGAGUGGUGCAGAUGCGGCCGCUAACAAAGCUGGCGAAGGGGUUAGCGGUGUUACCGCCGAAGACUUGUCCAACAAAGCUAGACAGUCAAGGGGUGAGAAAAAAGCCAGGAAAAUUAUUUCCAAAUUGGGCCUUAAACAGGUAUGUACCUAGAUAAUUAUUGCACGCAUAUGUAAAAAUAUUGUAACACUUGUUUUCAUUUUAUAGAUCCAUGGAGUAAACCGAGUAACUAUUCGUAAAUCAAAAAACAUUCUGUUUGUUAUCAACAACCCAGAUGUUUUCAAGAAUCCGGCCUCUGACACGUACAUUAUAUUUGGUGAAGCUAAGAUUGAAGAUUUGAGCCAGCAAGCACAAGUUGCGGCUGCUGAAAAAUUCAAGUCAGCUGAUAUGAUGCCAAGUUUAUUAGACAAAGAGAAUGCAACUAGGCCGAUGGUCAGUCAACCGAUCCAAGAAGAAGAAGAAGAAGAUGGAGAGAUUGAUUACAAGGGUGUAGAAGAAAAGGACGUGGACCUCGUUUGUGCGCAAGCACAAGUGACCAAGCGUAAAGCCAUUGAAGCACUACUUAGAAACAACAAUGAUAUUGUCAAUGCAAUCAUGGACUUAACAAUGUAA